CGGAUGAUUUGGCAACAGUGGUUCGGAAGCACACGGACAUUUUUCCAGACGACCUACCGGCGGGCUUGCCACCUCAACGGCCCCAUGACCAUAAAAUCGAGCUCAAACCUGGCGCGCAUCCUACUAUGCAGACCCUAUGGCGGCUGACUCAGCCUGAUUUAGAUAAACUUCGACGCCAGUUGGACUACCUGCUCGAGAAAGGUUUCGUCCGCCCCAGCACAUCACCAUUUGCAGCUACGAUCGUGUUCACCCCGAAGAAAGAUGGCGGUCUGCGUUUGUGUAUUGACUAUCGUGCCUUGAAUCGGGUUACCAUCAAUUCUCGCUACCCCAAACCACGUGCAAUCGACCUCAUCGACCAACUUCGCGGGGCCAGAUUUUUCUCGAAUAUUGACGUGCGUAGCAGUUACCACCAACUCCGCAUGCACGAAGCUGACUGCUACAAAACGACGUUUCGGACCCAGUACAGGAGUUACGAGUACACGGUCAUGUCAUUCGGCUUGAUAAACGCGCCUUCGACAUUCCAGUUGAUCAUGAACGAAUUUUUUCGGCCACUGCUGGAUAAAUGUGUCAUCGUGUACCUCGACAACAUCCUCGUCUGCAGCACAACCCGAGAGCAACAUUUGAAGGAUUUGGAAGCAGUUUUCUCUCUCCUCCAGUGGAACCGAUUGAUCACCAAGGGCUCUUAGUGUGAGUUUCUCCAACACGAACAGGAGUU